AUGGGCAAGCCGGAAGUCAAAGCCAAGGCCAAGGCCGCAAGCGACUUCGAAAAGAUAAUCCACGAAGGCCGCGAGCGCAAGCGCAAUGAACAACUCGCAGCAAGCAUCUUCUCCAAAUCCCGCAGAAAGAGCGCGCCCUCCGCGCAACAAAAGAUGGGCGCAGGUCCCUCCCUAGCUAGCCGCGUCGGUGUCAAGAAGCGCGUCGCCUCCACCUCCUCCCGCAUACCCCCGGGCAACGUCAACGGCGAAUGGACCCACGACCUCCACACGACCGUAAACCCCCCCAACGCCCUCGCCUCGCGCAUCUCCAACCCCUCCACCAAACGAACGGCCAAACUCGCCUCAGCCCUGCAGCGCGUCGACGCCUCGCAGGCCAACGUCCUCCUCAAUGCCCCCAAAGGGCCCUCCGGCAAGAAGAGACAACCGCAACAACAGCAACAAAAGAAGAGCGGUGGCAGUCCGGCGCCGGAGAUUUCGAUAAGGGGACUCGCGGGGCCGUUUUCCGUGCUGGCGCAAAACUUUGCGCCAGGGACUUCGGCGGCCGAUAUUGAGAGCGCCAUGACGCCCGUGGGUGGGGAGAUGUUGGUCUGUAAAGUUUUGAAGACGCAGCCUAUUAUGCUUGUAGAGAUGGUGUUUCAUUCGAGGGAGGCGGGCGAGAAGGUCAUCGAGAAGUUUAACGAUCAGCUGGCCGACGGCAGAAUCAUCAAGGUAUACGCCAACCCGCGCGGCUACGCCUCCGAAACCUCAGACUCCCCCCGCCACGGCGCCACGAGCGGAUCCGUGCACGUCGUCGACGGCAAGAUGGGCUUCCCCGAAUCCGGAAACGGAUCGUCCAGCUCGAGACCCGACCUCAUCCUGAAUAACGGCAACGGCGGCGGUAAGCUCUACAGCGAUAGCAUGGUGGGGUCAUCGAGGAGGGGUAGGGGGAGGAGGUGA